AGGCGCUCCUAAAGUGUCAGCACUGAAGGCAGCUGGGCGGGUUAUAUGGCAGAGCGGUCAGACACUGCAGUCCUGCAGCACUACACUCCAAGGACACACAAGUGUUUGUGUUCAGACAACUGGAUUAACACUAUCGACUGGAAAAGCCACAAGAAAAGACACACCAGCAAAAAUGGAAGACUACGAGUACCAUGAUCAUGAUGACUUCAAUGACACGUAUGAUUAUGACUACCACACUGUUUGUGACAAAGAAACGGUACGUUCCUUUGGCAGCGUCUUCCUCCCGGUCAUCUACGCUGUGGCUCUGGUGGUGGGCCUGGCGGGGAACGCCCUCGUAGUGGUGGUCUACACAUCACGGUUGAGACUACGGACCCUGACGGACAUGUGCAUCCUUAACCUUGCGAUUUCAGACCUCCUGCUCCUCUUCACCCUGCCCUUCUGGGCGGCCGAUGCUGUCCACGGUUGGAGGUUGGGGUCAGCUGCAUGCAAGUUCACCUCCUUCCUCUACAGCACCAACUUCAGCUGUGGCAUGCUGCUGCUGGCGUGCAUUAGUGUGGAUCGCUACCGUGCUGUUGCACAAAUGACAGGAGGCAGGAAUGGGAUGGGUCCCCAGGUGAGGAGACAGUGGGUCCUGGUGUGUGUGGGACUGUGGGCUGCAGCCAGCUUCCUGGGCCUUCCAGAGCUCAUUUUCUCCACGGUCAAACACUCCCACCACAGGAUGGCCUGUACUGAGGUGUACCCGCCCAGCAUGGCCCGACCUGCGAAGGCCGCCCUGGAGUUGCUGGAGGUGAUCCUUCGGUUCUUGCUUCCUUUUUUGGUCAUGGUGGUGUGCUACUGCUGGGUCGGCCGGGCCCUGAGCAGAGCAGCUGGGGUGCGGAGAGAGCGCAAAUGGCGGGCCCUGCGUGUCCUGCUGGCUGUGGUGGCGGUGUUCCUGCUCACCCAGCUGCCGUACAACGUGGUCAAGCUGUGCCGAGCGCUGGACGUCAUCUACCUCCUUGUGACCGAGUGCGAAGUCAGCAAAGGCCUGGACCGUGCUCUUCAGAUCACAGAGAGCCUGGCGCUUUCCCACGCCUGCAUUAACCCGCUCCUCUACGCCUUCAUGGGGUCCUCCUUCAGGGGACACGUCCUCAAGGCUGCAAAGCACUUUGGACAGCGGAUCAGUGGACACCCGAGAAAUGUCACCGAGGAGCCAGCGGUGGAGAUAGCGCUCAACAAUCGCACCCAGACGCAAUCGCACUCUGGUUCAGAAGACCAGGACACCAGCACCUUUACUAUUUAAAACUAAAGCAAUUAUCUACUGUUCCUGAACGCACCUCUACACAUGUAUUUAUCUCCAUAUUAUUCCUACCCUUUGACAUAGACAUCUAUAGCCAUAAAUAUUGUUUCUCCAUGUAGUAUCUAUAUGGACAUUGACUUUAUAUGCACUAACUGAGCAUUGUAUUUUGUACAAAUUAUGUAUUUUGUUAAAUAAAAGAAUAAAGAUUUUAAGUAUCCAACAUCUGCUGCAAUUAAA